AUGGCCAAAGACGCCCGUAACCCCAACGCACUCCACGCAGCCCUCGAACGCCUAUCUGGCAGCCUCAAGAUUAGCGACACCGAGUACGCUCACGACGGCGAGAUGACCAUUGCACGCACCCGCCUGGCACCCGAGUUUGGCGACGACGGCUCGGUCGACACCUUUUUCGAGCACGAGGACGGCGACAAGGGCCGCGGUUGGGUGUACCGCGGCGCCUCGCUCGGCGGCUACGGCACCGGUGACCAGUGGAACUGGACCAACCGUGUCGAAGACGUCCAGUACAACAGUGGCGGGUACGACGAUGAAAACGCCCCCGACAACUACUGGGCCGGGUUCACGCCUCCCAACGAGCGCGUCCAGCUGCCGGGCGACGAAAACGAGGAGGACUACUGGGCGCAGUAUGGCGCCGGCGUCCCAGAGCCCGAGCCCGAACACGAGCGUGAGGUGGACACCACCAACGAUGCCCGCACGGACCCCGAGCCAUUGACCCCGCCCACCGUCACCAUUCCGGCGCCCGACCCGGCUGCAACGCUCUCAUUGCUCCUCCAGGGCCUGGGCGCCGACGCCGCCAAGGCCGAAUCGCACAUCGAGCAGCCUACCUCGUCGCGUUCCGCCCACCCUUCCGCCCUCGAGCAAAAAGUCCGCGCCAAGGUGCGCCAGCAGCUCAUGCGUGCAUGGGAGGAGUUUUCCGCCGAGUACGACACCGAGUCGGCCGCGUUCGAGUGGCUCAAGCUCGGCCGCGAGGUCGCGGACCGCCCGUCGUGGGGCGUCCCCGUCGCCGCUCCGGCCCCCACGUUCGGCGACGUGCGCGCCGGCGUGGUCCGCGCCCGCGUCGAGGCGGCCAAGGACGUCCACGACGUCCUCGAGGCGGACAAGGACGACUUUUGGCGUCUGUGCGAAGAGUCCAUUCGCGUCCACACCAGCCCAGUCCAGGCAGACGCCGAGCCCGAGUUUGAGUUCUAA